AUGUCAUAUUUUACAGCUCCAUCGUCAUGCUUUCCUCCCUUCGAAGAUGGAGAAGCCGGAUGCUUUUAUAUGUCGAAAGUGAAGAUGACAUGGCUCGACGGCCGCAACCACUGCAGAUCCCUCGGCGCGGACCUCGCUGUGCCCACGGACUUCGACGCCUUCCUGAGUUACGCAACCAGAGCAGGAUUGCCUCAAGACGUGUGGCUGGGCAUCUACGACCAGAAAUGGCUCAACGGCAGCCGCGUGGCCAAGGAGCUGUGGUACGACGGCCAGCCCAACGGCCCACCUCAAUACUGCGCCAGGAAGUACAACUCGCGCCUCGCGGAUGCCCCCUGCGCCAACGCCAAUGACUUCCUGUGCGAGAUAAAGUGA